GCAAAGUCGUUUAUCAUUUAACGUAAUCAUUGUCACAUGUAAACGGGAAAACGAGCCAAACGUACACGACAUAUUCGCUACAAGAUGUUGGGAAGAUGAGCAUAGGGGAGACCCAAAUGAAAAGUGCCGAAACAAAAGAAAUCCAUUGGGCAUAGCCUGGUCUCUCUCUGGUCUCUCAACAUCAUCUACAUUUCCAUCUACAACGUACAAUCACUUUCGGCAAUGCGGCAAUGCGAGUGGGUUCAAUGUAUCCCCCCAUCUAUCCGAGAGCGUUCGUGCAGACGCCAAGUUGAAAAUAAUAAUGAUGGUGGUGUUGAUGAUGAUGAUGAUGAUGUGGAUGAGCAAGAAAAAUCAAAAAAGUUGAUGAAGACAGACAGUAAACUAUAAACUACAAACGUUUUUUAGCGACAAUGUUGCUGAAUUGUCCAGCAAACACAAACUACAACAAUCCCAUAUGGCUUAUGCUCAGAUUUUAAUUUUUGAUUAAAGAUUUUUGGCCUUUUGAAGAGUGUGGCAAACAUUGUUUGGGUAUAAACAACGGAUCAAUGUUAAUAUGUUAAAUUUAACUGUAAAUAUGAUUAGGCAACCCAACGAAUACUGCAACAAACCUCCUUAAUCCCCCGCCACUCAACUAGACAAUUUUAAAAGAAAUUUAAAGAUUGACAAUAAUAAAAUUAGCACAAAUUGCUAAUGAAAAUUGACACCUUCGGCAAACAACGAGCCGAACUUGUUGGCCCUGCAUGAUGCGUGGGUGGCAGCAAAUUAGAGAACUGAAUUAUUUUUAUUGAUAUCGACUAUUGAUGAUGAUGAUGAUGAUGAUUUUGUUGCUGUUGACGACGUAAAUGAGGACGAUGAUGAUGUUGACCGAUUGACCAGCACAGAAAGCCACAGAGAGCUGCCAUGUGAGACGAGACAUUGUUUUCAACUCAGCAGCGCCCCCCGUUAAAUAAUAUAACACACACAUACACAUAUCAAGUGUGAAAGAGAAAACGAGAGCGAGGGACAGAGAGAGAGAGAGAGAGCGAUAGAGAACAGACAGUAAGCAAAUAUCCAGAGACAAACGGAGCGUAGCACAAACAGCGCCAUGGAGUCCGAGUCCAUGGAGCAGGAUGUUAUGCUGGACGGCAACGAAGAUCUGAUGUCUACAUCAAACACAUCUACAAAUGGCGGUGCCAGCGACACAAAUGGAUGCGCCAAGAAAACGUCCAUAACAUCGCCCGAUCCAACAUCGUAUGUGGCAAAGGCGCGUGUUACGCGUCCCACGCCCCCGCCACCAUCCAAGAAUCCCAUGCAAUUUGUGCAGAUCAAGCCAUGCAAUUUAUAUCAGACGGCCCAGCAGCAGCUCAAAAAGGCCGAGGAGGUCAAAAAGCUCAAGGAGGUGAAGAAAGAGGAGCCCGAGGAAUGGCAAAAUAACCUUGACAAUUGGAAAUCAUCACGGCGAAAACGUGUCGAACAUAUCAUCGAUCGUGUGGUGGAAACGAAAAAGCUCGAACUGGAGGAGCAUGAUCGCACGCGACGAAAAUCGAAAACAUUUACCGAAAUGAUGGAGGAGCGAGCCGAACGCGGAGGUUCACGCGGACGCGUCAAGUUGGCGUCCCUGGCCGUUUACAACGAGGACGAAGCAAAUGAUUUGAGCGACCUGGGCAUCGGCACCAGCAGCGCCAGCGGCAAAAGCAGCUUAUCAGAGGAUUAUGAUAACAACAGCGUUAUGAGUGACAAUGCCGAUUUGGACAAAGCCAUUGGCGCCGCAGGUGCUGGCAGCAUUGAACAGCAACAGAAUCACAUUAACAGGAACAGGAUUGGCAAUGGCAACGCCUCCAGGCAGAUGGCGAGCACCUCGAAUGCCAGCAAAUUGCAGGCAGUCGGCGAAACAACAGCAGCAGCGGCAGCAGCAGCCACACGGGAGUACAUCUCGUCGCCUGGCUAUGACACCUCGUCGAGCACAGCGCCCGCCAGCUCACCGGAUCCCUGCGAGUACACCUACGAGGGCGCCAUACAGGACUACAAGCAGCGGGUGCAGCGUGCAAGCAGCAAUGGCAAAAUCUGCAAUAACAAUGCAGCUGGAAAUAGCGAAACCAUUGCGUAUCCGACACGACGUGGCAGCAAGAUUGAGGAUCGUUUGAGCGGCUUCGAGGUCACCUCGCCCAGCGACACACAGGAGGGUGUCGAGAAGCAAAAGGUGGAUGUGCCCAAAGUGGACAUAUCGAAACGCAAAGAGAUCUUCGAGCAGCGCGACACUGAGCCAAAGCCAAUGCUGUCCAAUGGUGCAGCACCCAAACUGGUGCUGCGCGAGCGUCUCACCAACGGCAAUGGAGCCGCGGCACCAACACUGGCGCCCGCAGCCAAACAGGAGGUGAAGCGCCUGUCGGGCGACAUAUGCAGCAUACGCGAUCGCAUGCAGAGCCUGGAGCAGCAGCGCAAUGCAUUCAACUCCAGCAAGAGCGUGGAUGUGCCAGUGCCGCCGCUGAAGCAGCGCCUGAAUAGCCUGCAGCAUGCCGUUACCAAAGAGGAGGAACUGCAGCAGAAGAAGCCCCCGCUGGUGGCUCUCAUCGAUGCCAGGCAGCUGGAAAUUAUGCGCGGCGAAGAGCAGCGCAUGCGUCAGCAGCAACAGCAGCAGCAGCAGCAGAAGGAACAGCAGGAGCAGCAAAAGGUGACAGCGCCGCCAGCGCUGAUUGUGGAAGAGGCGCCGUUGGCAGCGCACGAUGACAGCGGCAUACAGGCGGACAACAAUGAGGAGCUGCUCAAGGAGCAGCAGCAGCAGCAGCAACAAUUAAACGAGGCCAUUGCCGCGCUGGCGCUUGAGGAGCGUCAGCUGGAGGAGGCCGCCAAUGCGGUCAAUCAAAUUGAAGCCGAAUUUGAUGAGCUUACCGAUCUGCAUCCAUCCGCUCUGCCAGCUGCCCAACAACAUGCACCAAAAGCAGCAGCAGCAGGAGCAGCUAAAGCAGCAACACCAGCACCAACAGCAACAUCUGCAACAACAGCAACCACUCAGCCAGCGCCGGCAGCGACACGGGACAUGGAAUUUAGUAUCAACGAAGCUCUUGAUUUGGCGCUGGAAGCUAUUGACAGGGAGGUCAGCAGCGCGCAGGACGAGAUGGAGCAGGAGCUAGAGGAAGGGACGAAGGCGGAGCAACAAAAUAUUGAAAACGAUGAUGAUGAGUUGAAGGGGCCGAAGGAGAUGGAACUAGAAACUAUAAAGCCAAGUUCGGGAGAGAAGGAGUCAACAACAAAUGUCGCAAUGCCAAAUAAAACGGAUGAACAGAAAACGGAAGAGGAGCAGGAAAAACAGGAUAUUAUGGAACAACUGGCAAUCGAUAGAACGGAGCCCAUCUAUGAGAACAUCAGCUCGACUAUAUCUAUGCAACAAGUAGAUAAUGAACAGACAGCAAUCACGAUGUUGAUUCGACGGAGCCACAGAAGAAGCAUUCCAAAUAAAAGCAACAAUAACAAUAACAAUAAUAAUAACGAGCAUAAUCAAACUAACAAUAAUAGCAACUGCAACAACAACAAUCAAAUCGACACAACAACAACAACAACUACAAUGACAACAGCGACAACAGCCGCCGACUUGGAGCCGUAUUACCAGGUGCCCAAGGCAACGGAACCCUAUUACGAUGCACCUAAACAUCUGCGUCCGAUACCCGUCUACGAGAACAUUGACAUCUUCUACACGGGCCUGGAACUGGGCUCCAGUGUCACGAGCCUGGCGUCCGCACUGGAACCGCCCAAGGAGAAGCCGCCGCCGCCACCCACAGAGCCACCCACAGAAGAUGCCAACCCCGAUGACGAUGAGCUGGACGCCGGCACCUGGUCGUCGGACAACACAUACGAGACCAUUUCUAGCAGCACGCGCCGUCAGCUAGGUCAGAGUCCGAGUCAGGCAGGUCAGGGCACGCCCAUGGCACAACAACCCUUAUCGCCGCCCAUCAAGCGCAUGAACUCGACGAAGCGCAUCAAGAAGGAGCUGCGCAACAAGCGCUCCAGUUUCCUGGGCAUCGAGACAGAUGCCGAUCUCGAUGAUAUGGACAGCUAUUUGGAGCUGACGGUAGCCCCGCCGCCGGACAUGGCCCAGCUGCUGCAGGAGGAACGACGCCUCGAGAAGCAGCUGUACAUCAAGGCGGGUCUCUGUGACAGCUCGGAUACAGGUGAAAGCCGCGACUCAGGUGUCUCAGAGAAUCAUUCGCGCCAGAGCAGCGAGCACUAUACGAACUCCUCGGAGGAGAACGACACCCCAUCAGAGGCAACGCCACCGCCAAUGCCGCCGCCGCCGACGCAGCAGGCGCUGGGCUCGUCGCAGCUCGGUGAGAUCAUCUACCAGAACGAGACGCUGCUGGCUGCGCAGACGCCGCUGCUGCAGACGGUGAAGGGCAACUCGGCGGAAUCGUGGACGGAAUCUGCAACGGCGGCAGCGGCCGCCACCCAAUCGCUGAGCGAGGCAACCGCCACGGCCAAUGCAAAGAUGCUGUCCAUUGAGGAGAAGAUACGGGAACAGGGCGAAGUGCUGCGCGUGGAGCGGGAGCUGCUGCAGUUUUCGCAGGAGGAGCUGAAGCGACAGCGCGAGAAUCUGCUGCUGCGCGAGAAUUUGGCGCGCCGCGAGCUGCAACAUGGCGCCAAGAUGCUCUUGUCCAACAACCGACGCUCACUUCAGGAUCUGCACCAUGGCCUGGGCAUUGGCAAUGGCAUGCUGAGCGCCUUUCAGCCGCCACAGCCGCAGCUGCCGCCAGCGCCGGCGCAGCAGAUUUAUGCGAACGUGCCACAGCAGCAGCUGCAGCAGCAGCAGCAGCAACAGCAGCGGGCAGUGCCGCCGCCUGCAGCCCUUGCACAUUAUCACUACCAGCAGAUGGACACCGACUAUCGCAAGUCCAUGUCGGAUCUGAAUGAAUUCUCCAAGCGUCUCAUGCUGCCCCCGACGCCGCCCACAAAACCCUUGCGCGCCAUGCACCUGACUACCAAUGGCCACGGCCUGGAGCCGGACUAUGCGAUCAGCGCGCGCCAGCGCAGCGGUUACGGCGGCUCUCUUGUCAAGAUUGCGGGCACGCCGCUGCCACCAGCAGCAGCAGCAGCAGCUGCAGUAUCGGCAACAGCUGCGCCUGCCCCGCGUCACACGGCAAAUCUGGCGGCCGCCUAUCAUCACCAGUCGGCGCAGAAUCUGAGCAACAUGUCGCGCAACACGCUGCUGGCACUAAGUGCCACGCCCAAGCCCAAGUACACCGAUGGCUGGGUGCAGGUGCAGCAGCAACAGCAGCAGCACCAUCUGGCCAACGAUGCCGCCUGGCUGCAGAAACGCAAGUCCAUGCCGGACUACAAUGGGGCACUCUAUAACAACGGCCAUACCAAUCACUGGCUGCUGCAGGAGGCCGAGCAUCGCCGCCUGCUCGAACAACAGCAGCAGCAGCAGCAUCAGCUGAACAGGCGCUCCAUGCCCGCGCCUACAUCGAAUGGCAAGCCGCUGCCCGAUUCCAUCAUACAAACGCUCACCGAGCGGGUCCAGAGCAAAGGCAUUGGCGAACGCAAGCGCUUCGAGGGCAAUGGCACCUACAGUCAGUUGAAUAACAAUGGGCUUGGCCUGAAACCGCUUACCAACCACAACAGCAACAACAACAUCAUUAACAACAACAACAACAGCAGCAACAACAACAACAACAGCAGCAACAACAGCAGCAACAACGCUGCCAGCAGCAAUCAGGAGAAGGUGCUCAGCGUUAGUGGCAAGAAGAAGUGUUCGCAUUGCGGCGACGAAUUAGGUCGCGGAGCUGCCAUGAUAAUUGAAUCCUUGCUGCUGUUCUAUCACAUCAACUGCUUCAAGUGCUGCGUGUGCCACGUGCAACUCGGGGACGGACUGAAUGGCACAGAUGUCCGUGUACGGAACCACAAGCUCCACUGCCAGAACUGUUAUUCCAGCGACGACGGCAUCAAAUUCAGCUGCGUCUAGGCUCGCUUGGGGGACCAAAGGAGGAUGCCACACUUGUUGUCGUAUUUUAUUUGUUACAACUUGCGAUUGUUGUUGUUGUACUAAUAUACAUACAUAUAUAUAUAUAUAUAUAUAUAUAUACAUACACAUGCAUACAGUACAUAUAAAGUAUAUGUUAAAUGUUGAAGCUUAAGCCUAAAGUCAAUUUAUAUAUAUAUGAAUAUGAAGUGUUUGUCAGCUAAAUGUUUAUCAUCGAAUGCGAAUUAUCGUUCAAUUUUGCAAUUUUGCAUUAUAUUGAUAGUGUUUUUUGAUUCAGAUUUUAACUUUUUAUAUAUAUUAUAUAUGUAUACAUGCAAGCGAUUACGAUAUGUGGUAUAUAUACGCAUACAAGCCAAGCUCUCUCGCUCUGAUGUUUUUUGCCAAGUCAAAGUCAAAUUCAAAUAUAUAGAUGCAUAUAUUAAAUGUGUGUUAAGAUGAAAAAAUGUCUAUGAAUAUUGUUAAAUUUCUGCUUCUUUUUUUGAAUAUUGUACAUUUGCCUACAUUUACAUACGCAUACAUACAUAUAUAUAUACAUAUAUACGGAUUUAUGUUUCGUUUAGAAACAAGCAAGAAACAUUUUAAUUGUAAAUUAUUUAGAGCUCUUGCUGAAUUGCCUAUUCGUAGAAGAGUUUGAAUCAUUUAAACGAUACAAUUUUAAUUAAUUCACCAACCAAUUUGUUAACAAACUUUGAAGACUUGCAGCAACACGCCCAGCUCCUAAAAACCUUCACGACGUACCCAAUGUACCUAAAAUCAUAUAGUGCAUAAAAAUACAUACAUACACACAAGCAUACACUAACAAAUAUACAUAUCUGCAUAAAUGAAGCGAUUUAAAUUCUAAUUGUCGUUAUUAUUUGUAUAACAUGAAGCAUAAACAAAUAAUUGUAUUUAAUAUAUUUGUAUUUUCUUAUUCUUAUUUAUUGUAAUUAAGCAUAAGCGUCAAAAUGCAUUGAAUGUUGUUCACAUUUCUGAAUGUUUUCAACAUCAUUCAAUCUGAGUUUUAUGCGCAUUUCAUUUGAAUACAAAUUUGAACAUUAAUGCGGUAUGCGAAAAACUUUUUUUCUGUAAAAAGGCAGCUGGAAUUUCGUUUAGUUUUAAAUAAAAUAU